GCAAGCACAACUAAUUUAUGUGGAAAUAAAGCAAAAAAAGGAUUUGGGAACACAGGUUUGUAUUUUUUUCUCAAAAUAUAACUAAUCUAUAUCGAUCUAUAUGCUUUCCUUAUUUCUGUUUUCCAGAUCAAAUUGUUAUAUGAAACCUGAAUGUUGUCAUAUUCUUUAAUAUAAGAAGUACUAUAAUAAUGUCCAUGGACAUUUGAGUCUUACUAUCUUCAGUCUGUCGUUGUGUGUCGAACGAGCAAGGAAUAGGGAAACUACACUAAUCGCAAAAAAGGUGAAAACCAACUCAUAGGUAGUACUUUAGUCUAAAAAAGAGCAAGAGGAAAAGCACAGUUUUUCGUUAAAAAGGUUUCGUUUAAUGUGUACAGAAUACAACCACGUAAAUCACACAGUAAUGUUGUAUAUAAUGGUUCAAUUUGAACUAAAUGAAAUCACUUAUUCUAUUUUUAAUCAAAAAAAUGUUAGAUCUCAUAAGUGCCAAUCACAAGGUUUGGUGGGAAGAUGGCCAGCUUCCAUUUGACCAUAUACCGUUCGUUCAAGUGAACCAUAGGGUCUACGAUUGUCGUCAUGGGGUAGAUAGGUAUUCAAGCCAAAAGAAGAAAAACAGAACGUCAAAUUCUAGCGACCACUCGUUUAAGAAGCACAGAAACAUGGUUCAAGGAACAAGAAAAUUGAACUGUUCAGCACAAGUUCACAUGAGAGAAUACAUCAGAUUUCCAGACUUUAGGAUUAAAGAGCAAACGGUUUGGCGACAAAAAUCGAUGUCGAAAAAACUUAGGGAAUGCUUACAAAAAGGUGGAAAUGCCAAUGGAGAAAGGUGGAUCCAUAUCCAGUUGCCUUGCCUAUCUGAGCACAAAACUCACCCUAUAGGAAGCGCUGGAGGUCUUUAUCAAGGAAUUGAUAAGAUGCUUGUUUCCAAGAUCCAAGAAUUGGUUGUUGCUGGGGCUUGCUCAGUUAAAGAAGUUAGGAGGCAUCUUAAAAUCUACGUGGAGCAAGACGUGUACAAAGCAACAAAGGCACCCGCUAAAAGCAAUCGGAGAUUUUAUCCUUCCAAACAAACCAUACGCAGCCACAUUUACAAGGCAGUCAUCAAAGAACGAUUUUCAAAAUUUGACCAAAAAAUCUUCAAAAGAAAACUGGAAACUGAGGUGUCCCGACGAGUCUUUCUUCUUUCACCCGCUUGCUAA